UCAGCAGCCCCAGCCCUACCGAGUGCUCUAGUACGUAUAAGUUGUAAACAGUCACUUCCGACAUGUAAACCAGAUCACACGAUGGACAUUGACGAUACUAGAAGUAACAUGGUGAUUCACUGUUUGAUAGUCUUGGUCUGUUUAUUAUUCUGCGUGUGCCGGUCAGCGGCCGGAACACGAGGGGUGGACCUGGGGAUGUGUUCUGACGACCAUCUAAAGUGUCCGUGUGGCCCACAGUCCAGCGCUAGAAUGUUCAAAGUGGACAUAUCAAUCAUAAGGUGUUCCUAUUUCCAUCGGUACAAAAUGUUUUGUAAGCCAUGCACGCCGUACAGGGUACCGGAAGUGUGUCGUCGUUUCCGACUGUGCGACACGUGCACCGGAGGCCAGGAAGGCGGUUGUCUCACGUGUCCACAUAACCGAUAUGGCCGGUUUUGUGAAAAUGAGUGUAGUUGCCAGAACGGAGGGACCUGCGAUCCGGACGGGUCAUGUGUUUGUUUGCCCCACUACAACGGUACCAGGUGUGAACAAAGUACUGCGUGCGGCUGUUUACAUGGGGGGAGCUGUCUACCAGACCAAACCUGUGUUUGUUUACCAGAAUACGAGGGACCACAGUGUGAAAGACGAAAACGGGCCUCCUGUGGACCCCCGUCUGUGUUUGGCCAUGUCAGGGUGAACGCGGAUAGUUUGAUGGAGGGGGGCGUGGCCACGUUCUCUUGUCCUUCCUCGUACGUACUCGUCGGUCAUGCAACCAUUACGUGUCAACCCUCAGGACGCUGGUCAGCUCCGUCACCAGUGUGUGAAUUCCAGUGUGUCGUACCUGAACCAAGGGCUCACCAGGUUGUGGAGGUGAUUCCAACCCUGAUCCAUACAAAUGGGGCCGCUACAGUAGAACUCGUGAGAGAACUACAGCUGUCCUGUCGGGACGGAUACGUAAUCGAUGGUGCAUCAAACCUGCGAUGUCUGCCGACCGGAAUAUGGAAUACAGAAGUACCGGAAUGUGUUCGAACGUGUAAUGAGCCACGCCAUAUCCAGUACGGAAGAUACAGGGGAGAUAACUUCCUAGAGGGCGCGAGUGUUGUUUACAAGUGUGACGAGGGGUACCGGAUGAUUGGGGCCUCGACAGUGUUGUGUUUGGACGGACAAUGGAGAGUCGAGUCCCCCCGAUGUGAGAGACGGCUGGAAUGUCUACCACCCCGUACGAUUGCCCACGGUGUGGUGCUAAGCAAUGACACAACUCACCCCGUGGGCAGCUCUCUCCGAUACGUCUGUGAGGAGGGGUUCCGAUUGGAAGGGGCAGACGCUACGCGCACGUGCACGGACACUGGAAAUUGGUCCAGUCCGGAGCCCUGGUGCGAACGAGACAUACUUUUCAAUGGGCGCACGUGUUCCACACCGGAAGUUCCGGUUCAUGGAUCCAUCAAGAACCUUAACUACGUUCAGGCGUUUGCAGAAGAUGUUCGGCUUCUGUAUGGAUGUGAUGAGGGCUACAUCCUGGUGGGGAACAGAGACCGGACGUGUACUGGAAACGGCACCUGGAGUGGAGAUCUACCUCGCUGUGUAAAAGUGAUCACGUGCGAUGAGCCAGGGAUCCCCAGUAACGCUCACAGACAGGUGGUGGUACCCGAACUGAGAAACAGCAGAGGAUCCCGUCUUCCCGAUAUCCUGCGUUCAGGGUUUGAUUCCCCGGAUAAUGACCAGAACACGGAUUUUACGUUACCGGAAGGCAAGUUCCGCGUGUAUACGAGGUUAAAUUUCCAGUGUGAAUCUCACUUCUACCGCCAGGUGGGGUCCCGCCGGAGGAGGUGCAGGAGGGACGGCAGGUGGUCUGGGCGGCAACCCGCUUGUCUCCCCAUCUGCGGUAAGUCAGCCACUGCCCGGCUUCCACUCGUCUAUAAUGGCACCGUUUCCGGUAUCGGACAAUGGCCGUGGCAGGCCGCCAUCUCCCGCCAUCUACAGAACGACUUCUGGUACAUCACUUGCGGGGCUUCCCUCGUGUCUGAGAGACUUGUUGUGACAGCAGCACACUGCGUGACGCAUUAUCAAACGGACAUCCCAAUCUCUGUCGACGAUAUCGCCAUCUACCUUGGCAAGCACUACCGGUCCGAUGUUCUCAACAGCACGUUUGUCCAGAAAAGAAAGGUAACGUCGAUCGAAGUCCAUCCGCACUACGACCCUGGUACGUAUGACCUUGACAUCGCAGUGUUAUGGCUCGACACCCCAGUGACAUUGACUCCUUACGUCAGACCCGUGUGUCUGCCGAGCCAAUUCGUCAGUGAGCGCCAUCUGCGUCCAGGAACAGAGGGCGUGGUUACAGGAUGGGGUGUCACGGAAAAUUCAAGAAACUCAGAGGAGCUCCGAAUGGCCAAAGUACAAACUACCACCAAUGCCGAUUGCAUGGACAAAUACGCACAAGUUGGUUAUCCCCAGACUAUUACGGAGAGUAUGUUUUGUGCUGGACAGGAGGAUGGAAGUAGUGACGCGUGUGAGGGAGAUUCUGGGGGACCUCUUGUCUUCCCUGGUACAGGUGAUGACCGAAAUUGGUACCUGGAGGGUGUGGUCAGCUGGGGUAGUCCCCUGGGGUGUGGCAUAGAGCUACAAUACGGUGUCUACACAAAGGUCAGUCACUGUCUUGACUGGCUCGCCAACUUUGUGUGAAAAAAGCCGACAAACUCAAACUCAAAGCGAAUGACUGUGAUAUUAAACAGCGAAGAUAACUAUAAUGUUCGAGAAGAUAUAGGAUGUUGAAAACACAUAUACCGUUUAACUCAUUUUGACGUGUCAAUCCAGGAAUAAGUCUUUGGUAUCAAACCAGUAAUAAGUCUUUGGUAUCAAACUGGGAAAUAGGUUUGUGGUAACAAACCAGGAAAAAGUCUGUGGUAACAAUCCAGGAAAUACGUCUGUGGUACCAAACCAGGAAUAAACCCGCGAUAUCAAACCAAAAAUGGUUCUGGUAUCGAACCAGGAAUAAGUAUGUGGUAACAAACCAAAAAUAAGUCUGUGUUAUCAAACCAUGAAAUAAGUCUGUGGUAUCAAACCAUGUAAUAAGUCUGUGUUAUCAAACCAUGAAAUAAGUCUGUGGUAACAAA